GGCACCCCCGAAUUUAGAGGGCUCCUCCCGUCUGCUCUGCUUUGGGGAGCCCCCGAGGUGUGGGAGGGAUGGCCUGAUCGCCCCCCCUCUUUUUGCCCUUUCCACCAGGGGGGGAAAAAGCCCCCCCGCAUCCAAAUCAGGGACUCACCCAGCAAAACUGGCUUGGAAAAACGGGGUGCGAUUUAUAGCUAGCCCCCUGCUCUGCACCCUGAGAUCUCUCUCUUUUUUCAGUUCCCCCUAUUUUUAAAUGAUAAACUGCGCCCCCAUUUUUUGCUGGUUACUGUUUUUUUUUUUCCUAUUGCAGCUUCCAGUUGCCCAAAACUCCUGGAAAAUCCAGCAAAUUAUUUUCUAUUUGCUCUCCCGGGGAGGGGGAGAUAAUGCUGAAAUUUGGGGUACACCUCGGAGUAGGGAAAUGAAGCUCUGGAAAAGAGGUGCCUGAUACCAUUGGGGGGGGCUCGUCGCUGCCUUGGGUAGUCCAUCUGUGGCAGGCCGUCCUGGGGGGGCGGAAAGACCCCAUUAUUGAGGGAGGGAGCUGUCUCCUUGGGGUCUUGAUUCCAGGGCAUGCCUUGCGCAUCUUCACCUUCUCGCUGUGCAACCGGGGUGCAGCUUCCCAGCUGGGGUGCUGGAGGGUAGCCUGCUGGGGACCCCCUUCCACAGGCACCCCUCAAAAGCUUGCACAGUUUUGGGGGGGUCUUCCUGCUGGACUUCAGACCUUCUGGAACUUCGCUUGGGCACCAUGGCAGCCAAGUGGUUCAAAGAAUUCCCGGGCAACCUCAAAACCGUCUCGGAGCGCCCCAAACCCAGCGCCGGACAUCAUCUGAACAAGCCGGGCAGCGUCUCCCGAAAAAGUUUAGGAUCGCCCGAGGCCGGCCUGGCAUCUCUGCCCGGGAAGAACCGGAAGAACUCGGCCACCGAGCUGGGCGGCACCAAAACUCCGCUGGCACCGGGCAAAGAUGGCACCGGUAGCCGUUUAUCCCGGGACAAUCUCCAGGGCCUUUUGCAAGCCGCUGCAGGGAAAAUGCGCAAGAAUUCGCGGGUGGAUGGGGCCCUUCCGGAAGACCCCAGCUGGGGCCCCCCCAAAGGCAACUCCAGUUGUGGGGGCUACAUCAACCGUCUAAUCAAAGUCAACGCCCAGGAGAAAAAUGCCAAAAACUUUCCAGGAUCUGCUCCCAAUCCCAAACCGGUCCCGCCAGCCGAAGCGGAGAAGCCCAAGCAAGAAACGGUCAAGGUGAUCAUUCUGGAGGAUUACGCCGAUCCCUACGACGCGAAACAGACCAAGGGACAGCGGGACGCUGAGCGCUUGGAAGAGAAUGACGGCUACAUGGAGCCUUACGACGCGCAGCAGAUGAUAACUGAAAUCCGUCGGCGGGGGUCCAAAGACCCCUUUGGGGGGAAAGCCAUCCUACUUCUGGACGAACCAGCAGCCAAGGGAGACCCGGGGGUCAAAGCCCCCGCCUCAAAACCCCUGCAGCUUUACGACACCCCUUACGAGCCGGCUGAGACGGGGUCCAAGUUCGAGACGCGCCCCCCUCCGAGCGACGAACGGCCGCCGGCCGAGUACGAACAGCCCUGGGAAUGGAAGAAAGAGCAGAUUGUUAAAGUUCUCUCAGUGCAGUUUGAGGGUUCGGAGAAAGUCCUGACUGCGGCUGAGACGGUCGUCUCGCCACCCCAGCACCAACCUUGCCCGAAAAACUGGCCGUCAAUGAUGGUUAAGUUUUCCCCGGGGAUGGAACCGGGCCUGGACGGAGAGCGGGUGGAUUCUGCCCUCAUCUUGGAGAAACAACCGUGGUUUCACGGCUCCAUCACCCGAGCCGAGGCGGAAAGCCGGCUGCAGCCGUGUCCAGAGGCCGGCUACCUGGUCCGCACCAGCGAGGUGGGCCCCACCAAAUACUCCAUCGCCCUCAAGACAAGCCAUCAUCGUGGCCCAAACGAAGGAUCACAAAUACACUCUGGACCAGGCGGGCGGCCUCUUUGACACCGUCCCCGAAGUGGUGGGCUACUAUUCCACCGCAAAGCUGCCCUUCAAAGGGGCAGAACAUAUGACUCUACGUUUUCCCGUCUCUGUUCCGAGGAAGAUUCUCUAAAGAUCCCAGUUUAGACCAGUUUGGGAACGGUGUGCCAAGGGGAAAUGCGCUGGAGACUGGAGAGCCACCUCGCCAAACUUCGCUUCGCCCGGGGACGUCAAUCCCAUCUUUUCUCUUCGUUCUCUGGCAAAUUUAUUCCCGCGCCUCCUGAUGUGAUUUGACAGGACUUUUCCCAUCCUGAAAUAUUGCUAAGUUUGGGGGUGGGGGGGCAUAGAGCAGGGGGGCAGCCCCCCCCCCAUUUUGCUGGACGCUGAAUUGACGGGAAGGGAUGGGGCUGAACACAGCCUUGAUUGGCAGCUGCUCAGAACCGUCAUCGCUGCUUAAUUUGAGCCAGAUUCUCUUCUUGAACAAGGUAUUGUUGAGAAGACAGCCAGUGGAGUUUGGAGAAUCCCAGCAACUCCCAGUCCCCACCAUUAAAGGCCAAGCGGAUUCGCGUAGGCUAAACUGGGAGGCUUCUAUUUUAUUUUGUUUUUCCUGAAACGGUUUUCGUAGGAUCCGGUGGGGAGGCUGGUCUCUUCGCCGCUUCUCCCAAAAUCAAAUAAAAACGCUCAAAAGA